GCUCAGCCGCCGCGCCGCCCGGCUGCUCCGUCCUCUGGGCGCCCGCGGCGAUGUUCACCCGCGCCGUGAGCCGGCUGAGCAGGAAGCGGCCGCCGUCUGACAUCCAUGACGGAGAUGGGAGCUCAAGCAGCAGCCACCAAGGCCUCAAGAGCUCAGCCAAGUGGGCGGCCUCCUUGGAAAAUCUUCUGGAAGACCCCGAGGGCGUGAAGAGAUUUAGGGAAUUUUUGAAAAAGGAAUUCAGUGAAGAAAAUGUCUUAUUUUGGCUGGCGUGCGAAGAUUUCAAGAAAAUGGAGGACAAGACGCAGAUGCAGGAAAAGGCCAAAGAGAUCUACAUGACCUUCCUGUCCAACAAGGCCUCUUCUCAAGUCAACGUGGAGGGGCAGUCUCGGCUCAGUGAAAAGAUUCUGGAACAACCGCACCCUCUGAUGUUCCAGAAGCUCCAGGACCAGAUCUUCAAUCUCAUGAAGUAUGACAGCUACAGCCGUUUCCUGAAGUCUGACUUGUUUUUGAAGCACAAGCGGACCGAGGAAGAGGAAGAGGAGCCUCCUGACGCUCAAACCGCAGCUAAGCGCGCUUCCAGAAUUUACAACACAUGAGCCUCCAAGAGCUGAGGCCUGCCUUCACCCCAUGGAGCAGAGGGGUAGACUCGGACCUGUGCAGGGUGUCAUUGCUUUGCCAUAUUUGAGGACUGAAGUGUGCAAGAUCUUCCCUGGGGAUGUGUGUACUUUAUUAACUGUUUGACCAGUAACUUUUGCAUGUCGGCUAAUCUUCCAUUAAAAAAAAAAGUAGCUUUGA